UUAUUAUUUCGAAUUAAUUCAUUUCAAUACUGAUUCAGUAUUCAAUCGUAGUGAAUGUACUAUUCAAUAUAUUACUUGGUGUCUAAGGACAAAGAUGUUUCCGUUUAUAAAAGAAUGCGCUGUUUAUAUUCUUGUGACUCAAUCUGUACUCCAGGUUGGAACGACAGUUACUCUUGAGAAUAUAUUCAGCACACUGCCAGUCAGACAGAAGGAAUUUCAUAGAAACCUCAAGCGUGAAUUUGUAAAAAUGACCCAACUGUUGUACGCCUACUGUCUUGUGUCUACUGGAGUCAAAAUCACAUGUACAAACCAAACAAAGAAGGGAGGUCGGAUGACUGUGGCGGCCACUCAGGGGUGUAAUAGUGUCCGGGACAACAUUGCGUGUGUGUUUGGCAUGAAACAGUUGGCCAGCCUGCUAGAGAUGAAGACAGUGUUGCCAACCUCUGAAAUGCUGGAGCAGCUGGGCUUGAAGGAUGUGGACUUAUCACAGUCAGUAUUUGAGAUGGAAGGAUUCAUCUCCUCAUGUGCACACGGCCAAGGUCGCAGCACCAAUGAUCGCCAAUUCUACUACGUCAACUCUCGCCCCUGUGAGCCUACUAAAGUUACGAAGGCAGUAAAUGAAGUGUUCCACCAGUACAAUAUGCACCAGCAGCCGUUUGUUUUCUUGAACAUCCAAAGUGCGCGAGACUCAGUGGACGUGAAUGUCACUCCAGACAAACGUCAAGUUUUCCUAGAACAUGAGAAACUACUCAUUGCGACUGUCAAGGCAUCUCUUCAAUCUCUGUAUGAAAACAUACCAUCAACAUAUAAUGUGAACAACUUACCAUCACCGACAAGUAAGCCUAAUGUACUUCGUUCCCCCACAUGUAAGACAAGUCCGGCUGCCAUGUUGAGUCAGUGGCGCCACAACACUGCAGCUAAACGUCCCGCCUCUGAACAGGCUUCUCCCAAAUUACCUAAACGUAAGUUGACAUAUGUUUCUUCAAGAGCUGAACUAGAGGUGACUGUGAGUGCACAGAACAAUGUAGAUUCUGAAGAUUUCAACCGCAACAGAAGCAGUGUGGAAGUAUCACUGACAAUGGAGGAUCUGAGAAAACGUGUGAAGCAACUGUGUGAUGAAGAAGAUGGUAAAGAAGACUCAACAGUGAAGUUUCGUGCAGUCAUUGAUCCCUCAAGGAACAAGCAAGCAGAAGAAGAGUUGAGUAGAGAAAUCUCUAAGGAUAUGUUUCUUAAGAUGGAGGUUGUGGGCCAAUUUAAUCUUGGAUUCAUUAUCGCCAAGCUUCACUCUGAUCUGUUCAUUAUCGAUCAACAUGCCACUGACGAGAAGUACAACUUUGAGACUCUGCAGCGUACCACCACCAUCUCCAACCAGAAACUUGUUGUACCCCAACAGCUAGAGUUAACUGCUGUAAACGAAUCCAUCCUGAUAGACAGUAUCGAUGUGUUCAAAGCAAACGGCUUUGAGUUCAAAAUAGAUGAAAAUGCACCAACUACAAAGAAAGUGAAGCUGACCUCUAUUCCAAUGAGUAAGAACUGGACUUUUGGUAAAGACGACAUUGACGAACUGCUGUUCAUGUUGCAGCAUGUUCCACUAGGAUUCCCCAAAACAUGUUGUGUCCGCCCAUCGCGUGUGAGAGCGAUGUUCGCGUCGCGCGCCUGUCGCAAAUCAGUCAUGAUCGGGACUGCACUGAGUCACUCGGAGAUGAAACGCCUCAUCGUUCACAUGGGAGAGAUCGAGCAACCAUGG